ACAAAAAAUAAUGACGAAAAACAAACAAACAAACAACAGUAAUCGUAAUAAUAAUAACGAAUGUGACACGUAAUUUGAAGAUAAUAAUGUUGUUAAUCGUCAAGAGCAUGUCGGGAAGACUGAUGCUGGUGAUGGUAAUUUAACCAUCUCAAAUCUUUCGGUCCUUGUUUCCGCUUUGUAGUCGCUAUAUUUAGGUGAAAGAAGAUAUCAUUUUCCUCAACCGAGACCUUUGACACGUUUGAACAGUAAUAUUGACAUCUAAAUUAAGAUUUUUGCAGCCGGUGGCAGUUGGAUAGGCCCGUACAGUUCUCUCUUUCGUAGUUUUUUAUAAMCCGGAAAUAGGCAUAUGAACGCUUCUGAAUAUCGAAACGAAACUAAGCUACUGAGACACUAUGAGUGUAAAGAAAUUGGUUCCUUUAGACAUCUCGUAUGAGCCUAGUAUCGAGUAUGUAGAGAUGCUUGGAGAAGGUUCAUAUGGUGAGGUUUGGUCUGCCAUCUGGAAUGGAAGAUCAGUAGCCGCCAAGCGAAUCCUUGAAAAGUAUUUCAAAAGAGAUUACGGACAGGAAAUAAGGGACCACUAUGUUGGUGAACUCAAGAAAGAAUGGGAAAUUUUACGAGAUUUGGUCCACCCGAACAUUGUACGCAUGCAUGAAGUACUGUUCCCACUAAACAAAUCACCGGUUAUUAUCAUGGAACUCCUGCACUGUGAUCUUCUUCAUUACAUUGAGAAGUCCACAAGUACUCCUAAAGUAAGUCCAAGUAAAGGGUUGUCAAUUGCUCUUGGAGUUGCUGAAGGGUUGGAAUAUCUACAUGGACGAAAUCCCCCCGUGGUACAUCGAGAUCUUGCUACUAAGAACAUUCUGCUAACAGUGGAUGGUCAACCAAAGAUUGCAGAUCUGGGGGUUGCUAAAGUAUUUACUGCUGGCAAGGAUGAUUUUGCUACAGCAAAGCCAGGUACUCCCUUGUAUGCUGCGCCUGAAACUUACCCAACGCAGACUAAGUGGUUUGGCACAAUGGCAAAAUAUGGAGUUAAAGUCGACAUUUUCUCUUUUGGUGUUGUAUUGUUGGUCAUUAUUAUUGGUCACGAGCCUGUUGUAUUUCCUGUGUCUCCUAUAAAGGAUGGUUAUAAAAUUCCUGAAGUAAAGAGGAGAGAAAAUGACAUUCAAGCGAUGGGAGAACAUGAACUUAAAGGACUGGUGCUAGAUUGCCUUAAAGACAAAAGUUCCUCCAGACCACAUGCAAGCACAUUAGUAACAGAACUGAAAAGGAUAAGAAAUGAUAACGAAGUAAAGCGUUGUAGCAGUGUUCUCUCACAACCGAAAAACACUACUGUAAAUUUGUCCAGAACAGAUUCUUUUGUCCCCUUUGAGAAAAUUCCAUCUCAACCCCACUAUCAUUAUAAGUUUAAAGUCUUAUUUCUAGGCAACAGCAACACCGGGAAAACCUGCUUACAUGAGCUGCUAAAAAAUCCAGCAUAUGAUAUAACUAACACAGUCUUGACAAUAGGAAUUAGUCCCAUAAGGCAAUGGUUUCAAUACGACUCGAGCUACGUCAGGAUGGAAGUGACCGACACUGCAGGGCAGGAACGUCAUUUUUCCCUACCCCCUAGUUAUGUACGAGACGUGGAUGGCGUGUUUCUGGUUUAUGAUGUAUCCAAGAAAUAUACAUUUGAAAAUAUUCGAUUUUGGAUUGAUAUGAUCGAUAGAUAUAAAUCUAAAGAUAAAGAAAAAGUACAGAUACUCCUUGUGGGUAACAAAGUAGACUUGAGACAAAACGUGAAGCCAGAAGACUUAGUUCCUGAAGAAAGAGCUUUAGAAUAUGCCGGAAACAUCCAGUGUCCUUAUGUAGAAACAAGCGCCAAAGACAUUGACAGUGUAAUGGCAAUGUACAAGAAGAUGGUUGAAGCUCUCAUUAGUACAGUCAGCCCAGAAGAUAUCGCAUUUGAAGAGCGAGAGGCAGGAAGCAUGAUAAGACUACCGUCACCUCCCAACAAAAGCAGAACAUGGAAAAACUAUAUAUGUCCCUUCUGCAAAAGUUCUUAGGUUGACAUUAUCGAUCACCAAAUACAUCAAGGGUUUGUAAUUAAUGCUGAUGGAAGUGAAGAUGGCGAAGGAAUGUGUUACAAGUUGGGUAAAUUUAGUCACGGGUAGCACAAACGCUACGUUGAAGCACGCGACGAGUUGUUUUUAUUUUAGCACUAACUGUUAAAAAAAGAUAAUCAAAGCCUAUUCUAUACACAAAUUCUCUGAUAAUUUUCAACUUAAUAGCUCAAUAUCGAAUGUAACACGAAUGAACAAGAAAAUCAACCUAUCGAAGGCGUUCAAUUAAUAUGGACUGAAAGAACAUAAAGGUCAAGCGGCAUCCAACAGUACUUUUUAAAUUACAAGUUUAUUUUAUUAAUAGGAAGUGAGUUUACACCUUAUAAUAAAUUUAAAAAAA